AUGGAACACGCAGACCCCUUUCUUCAAGUCCAAGCCGACGUCCUCUCAACCCUCGGCACUACAAGACCCCUAUUCUCCUCAUACCUCCGCAUCCGCUCUCUCGCAAAAUCCCCCUCAAAUCCGGAACUUCAGCAAGCGCGCUCAGAACUCGAAACAACCCUUACAGACCUUACAGCGGAUCUCGAUGACCUAGUCGAGAGUGUCCGAGCUGUCGAGCAAGACCCGUACCGGUUCGGGCUAGAGAUAGAGGAAGUGCAGCGCCGUCGCAAACUCGUCGACGAUGUGGGCAAGGAGCUCGAGGAUAUGAGGGGGGAGUUGGUGAAGGUUAUUACGAGUUCUGAUGCUGCUGCUGCUGGGAAAUCCAAGGGUGCCGGGCUUCCGAAUCCAGCGGAAUUCGAUGAUGAUGAUUCUGAGGAGCAGGGAGAUGAUUACUAUGCUGAGAUGGAGCAACAACGGCAGACGGAGCUUAUGCAUGAGCAGGAUGAGCAGCUGGAUGGGGUAUUUCGGACGGUAGGGAAUCUGAGACAGCAGGCGGAUGAUAUGGGGAGGGAGUUGGAAGAGCAGGCGGUUAUGAUUGGGGAGAUUGAUACGCUCGCGAGUCGGGUUGGGGGGAAGUUACAGAGUGGGAUGUCGAAGUUGAAGUGGAUUAUCAAGAAGAAUGAAGAUACGAUGUCGUCGUUCUGCAUCGCGCUCCUGAUUUUUGUGCUCGUUUUGUUAUUAAUACUGGUCAUUGCCCUGUGA